AUGUUUCCAAAAAACAGCAGUAUAUGGAAAUUAGAAUGCUUAGGUGUAAGAAUUCCAACUUCUGCUGUAACCAUAGGUAUUCCUAAUUCUGAUUUAAAUAUUUAUGUCAUAGCUAAAAAUGCACCAUAAGAUAAAGAUAUAGCAAACGCUUGUGUGUGUGCUCACAACGAGUAACACUUGAGACCUUCUUUUGGUAGAAUCUAAAUUAAUUUUGGAGUAUUCGGUUUAAAAGAUGACAAUGAAUCAUUUGAGAAUGAUCUUGAAACUAUUGUGCAUGAAAUUUUACAUGUCCUAGGAUUUAGUGGAUUUUAAAUGCAACUUUGGAUAGAUCCUGAUACAGGAAAAUAUUAUGGAUAAUAUGGAUUACCUAAAAUAACAAGAGAUGUAAUUAUUAGAGGUUUAAAAACAUCAAUAGUUUACUCAAAAAAUAUACUUUUAACUGCUAGGAAAUAUUAUAAUUGUCCUACUAUGGAAGGUAUGUAACUUGAAAAUGAAGGAGGAUCUGGCUCUCUAGGUUCUCAUUGGGAAUAACUACUUGUUUAAAAUGAAAUGAUGAUGUCUAGUGAUGUAAUUACGGAUGCUUAAUUAUCAGUUCAUACUAUUGCUUUAUUAAAAGAUACUGGUUAUUUUGCUGAAGUAAAUGAAAACAUGGCUGAUAACCUUUAUUGGGGUAAAGGAAAAGGAUGUUCAUUUGUAAUGGAAGGAUGCUAUAGUAAACAAAAAUUUAAUGAGUUCCCAUCAGAACGUAAAAUUUAAUGUUCUUUCGAAAAUGAUGGAUAUGGUGAACCUACUACUACUCCUUUCUUAGAUAAUUGUAUGAUGAAAAAUGUUGAUGCGGUAUUAGAAGUUUAUGGCUUUAAUAGUAAAUGCUUUACCUCAACAAGUGCUAAUGGAGUUAAAUUUACAAAUGAUAGUUAAAGAAGAUGUCAUUAGUAUUAAUGUUCUCCUGAUUUGAGAUCUAUUACUAUUACUUUUCCUUAAAUUAAAAGACAAGUUAUUUGUACUAAAGAAGGAUCAGUUAUGCAAAUUGUUCCUAAUAAUGAUAGAUAUGGUAAGAUUGCUUGCCCUUCCUCAUUUAUUUAAUUCUGUGAUUCAGUUCCUAUAUGUAUGAAUCAUUGUAGCUAAGUGGGUGUUUGUGUAAGAGGAAUUUGUUCAUGUCUACCUGGAUGGGGGGGAAUUGAUUGCUCUGUAAAAUUAAUUGGUCCUGAUAGAAGUUGCUAAACCAAUUGUCCUAAUGGUUAUUACAAACAUGGUAAUAUAUGCUAAUAAUGCGAUGCAUAAUGUAAAAGAUGUAAUGGAGGAACAGCUAAUAAUUGCACAGCUUGUUAAUUUUUGACACAACUAAAUAGAAACGGUUAAUGUGUUCCAAUAUUAAAUUGA